CUUCUUCUCUUUCCGUUAUAUAUAAGAAGGAGAAGAAGAGGAAGAGGAGGAAGAAGCUGGAGACUUCGGAGGAGACGGUGAAGGCGUCGCCAAGCAACGGCAAGAUCCGCUUCCGAUCGCCCUCUGCGGCGGAGCUCCUCCCCUCCGCGGCGGCGCCGGAGAUCGAUCCCAAGAUGCGCCACCGCGUCGGCGGCGGCGGCGGCGGAGGAGGAGGAGGAGGGCGUGGGGAGUCCUUCCCCGACCAGAUCCGGCGCCACCGCGGCGCCAUCCUCGUCGUCUCCGUCCCGCUCUUCCUCGUCGCCUUCGUCCUCCUCCUCAUGCCCCGCUACCCCGCCGUCGCCGUCGCCGGGAGGAAGACGAUGCCCGGGAGCGGCGAGGGGGGGACCGCGGGGUCGAGGAGCUACGCGGUCAUAUUCGACGCGGGGAGCUCGGGGAGUAGGGUUCACGUCUACUCCUUCGACGAGAACUUGGAUCUGCUCCACAUUGGGAAGGAGAUCGAGCUGUUCGUGCAGAAAAAACCAGGCUUGAGCUCCUUUGCUAAAGAUCCGCAGGAGGCAGCAAAUUCACUAACAUCUCUUCUGAAGGAAGCUGAAAGUGUGGUUCCUGUGGAAUUGAGACAAAAAACACCUGUCAGAGUUGGGGCAACAGCGGGGCUCAGAGCGUUGGGAACUGAAAAAUCUGAACAAAUUCUCCAAGCAGUUAGGGAUCUCCUUCAAGAUAAGAGCUCAUUGAAAUCGCAGGCAGAUUGGGUGACUGUUCUUGAUGGGACUCAGGAAGGUGCUUAUCAAUGGGUCACCAUCAAUUAUUUGUUAGGUAAUCUGGGAAAGACAUACUCAGAUACAGUUGGAGUGGUUGAUCUGGGAGGUGGAUCUGUCCAAAUGGCUUAUGCAAUCUCAGAGAAGGAUGCUGCAAAGGCACCCCAAGUGUCGGAUGGAGAGGAUUCAUAUGUGAAGAAACUGUUUCUAAAGGGAACAACAUACUACCUUUAUGUUCACAGUUAUUUACGGUAUGGUUUAUUGGCUGCUCGAGCAGAGAUUCUUAAGGCUGGAGAUGGCAGCAAUAACUGUAUAUUAAAUGGAUAUGAGGGGUCAUACAAGUAUGGCGACAAGGAAUACGAUGCCUCAGCUUUGCCUUCUGGUGCUAGUUUUUCGAAGUGUAGGGCUGAUGCAGUUAAAGCCCUUAAAGUUGAUGAAGCGACAUGCACACACAUGAAAUGUACUUUUGGUGGUGUGUGGAAUGGCGGUGGUGGGGACGGACAAAAGAAUCUAUUUGUUGCAUCCUUUUUCUUCGAUAGGGCUGCUGAGGCUGGCUUUGUAGAUCCUAACAAGGCAGUAGCUAAAGUUAAACCUUCGGAUUUCGAGGAGGCUGCUAAGCGUGCUUGUGAAAUGAAUGUCAACGACGCCAAAACCACCUAUCCGCUUGUUUCCAAGGACAACAUUCCAUAUCUUUGCAUGGAUCUCGUGUACCAGUUCACAUUGCUUGUGGAUGGAUUCGGUGUAGACCCUUAUCAAGAGAUCACUCUGGUCAAGAAGGUGCAAUACGGUGAUGCCUAUGUUGAAGCGGCGUGGCCACUCGGCAGUGCCAUCGAAGUCGCCUCAUCGGCAUAAACAGAUAAAUACUUGCUAACUGUUCAAAACCAAUCUCCUUUCAUAUGCUUGUGGCAUUAGCAUACCAUUGUUUCACAGCGCGGAUUUUGAUGGCCAGUAAUUCUGAUGAGGCUCCGACCCAUCUCGCCCUUCGACCUGCUGUUAUCUAGGAGAUUCUUGUCGCAUUUUUGGAGCACAAUUCUUUAUCUUCUCCUAUAUAUAAUUUACAGAGGGAUGUCAAGGUAUAAUUAAUAAUAAUUCGAGUUUAUUCUUUUCAAUGAGAUACAUCACCAUUUUUGAACAUUGUCAGCAAAUACAUAAUAUUAGUAUUUGAUUGAUUCAAAUUUUUUUUCAUCUA